UCCAAAGAUGAGCGUGGAAAUAAAUGUUGUUUUCAGCUUUUUCUUUGUACUUUUUUAUUGAAAAAGAAUGCCACCGAUUAGUUUAUUCAACCAUUAGACAAUGACAAGUUAUCAAUAUUUAAAUCUCCGUUAGUUUAGAAAAUUAGCAGCUAGUUUGCUAACAGUUAGCUAACUUAGCGGAGCAGAUGUUUGGCAGCAUGGCUGAUUGAUUCAUUUCAACAGGUGUCAACGACAAGGUAGCAAAGUCUUCAGGUUUUACAUCCGUAACUGUCCUGAAAGUAGUUGAAGGCUAAUAUGUUCUUGCUAGAUGAGCUAUAAUUAGCCGUAGUGUCCUUUUAAGUGACGUUAGCUAGCUUUUAACGUCAACCAUACGUCAGUAAAACUUUGGUCACACUUGUGUCAUGCUCCUCGGCCGCGUCCUGCUGAGCCUCAGGUCGACGUGUUCAAGAAGUGUUUGUUUCCAGAAGAUUUUUGCCGGUAAUGACCGAUCAGUUCCCAGGCUGAAUCACAUUCAUAUUUAUUUAAGUUACUGUCAUAGACACAUAAACGCGCUUAAUCCAUCUGCACACCGGAGCAGUCUCAAGGCUGUAGCACUGUCCUGUCUGCAUCAAGUAACCGUGUAUGACAUGCAGCCUGCCAGUAUCUCCUAUGGCAAAGAGACUACUGCUGUUUCAACAAAUGAUGAUGAUGAUGAUGAGGGCGGUGGUGGUCAUGAAGAUGCUGUAGGACAGGAGAGGGGUGUAGACGUUGAGGAGUUACGGAAGAUGAUGAUGGUGACUCCAGACCUGGUGGGUGCAGCCAGCAUGGAGGUCCAACAAGAGGUGACUGACACUGGAGCCUCCACACUGUCAGGAUCAAGUGAAAAAAAGACUAAGAGGAAGACGAGGAGGGAAAAGAGAAAGCUGAUGAAGAAAAAACUCAAAUCAGCUGAAACUUCAGACAGUUUAAUGUCGGAGCUUCCAUUUGCUCUGACCAGCCCAACUGCAUGGAAGGAACUUGGAUUCUCCAGCCAAGAAUCAACCCAGAAGAAGAGAAAGAGGAAGAGAGGUGACAGUGGAGGGCAAGUGGACAGUGAGGAAGGUGCAGACAAGAAGAAAAAAAUGAAAGAGAGCAAACGUCCCAACUACUUUGUCUCCAUCCCUAUCACUAACACACAGAUCAGCUCAGCUGUGUCUGAGGUCCAAGAGGCGAUACUUCAGCAGGAACCCCAAUUGACCAAAGCCAUGAUCCCUGUCCCAACUCUCCACAUCACGCUAUUAGUCACUCAUCUCGCCAAUCAGGAGCAAGUUGACCUGGCAGCGGCCGUGCUGGCCCAAGUCGAGCCGUCAUUGGAUAAGCUGCUGGGGGGGCAGGAUCUGGUGCUGCCCUUCUCAGGGAUCAGUCAUUUCAGGAAGGAGAUCGUGUUUGUUGGCCUGGUCCCUGGACAACAUAGACACACACUGGACAGCGUGGCAGAGUUGUUGCGCAGCCGCUUUGAGGAGCAGGGUCUAAUGCAAGGAGACAAUCGUGGGUUUGAACCCCACCUCACCAUUAUGAAGUUAUCCAGAGCAUCAAAACUAAGAUCUCAGGGUAUAAAGCGCGUGGACCCAGCCCUUUACUCCAGCUAUACAAACAGAUUUUUUGGAGACCAAACAGUGGAGCGGGUGGAUCUUUGUUCCAUGUUGAAAAAGAAGCAACAAGACGGAUAUUACCAUACAGAGACUUCACUACAGCUUGCUUUGACUCCACUCCAUGCCAAACGCCACUCAAGUGGGCGUCAUCGGUCUGCGCCUGAUGAGGCGGAGCUCCUGAGGGUCAGCAGGCGAUUGGUCGACGACGCUGUCAAUCGCGCCUUGCAACAAUACAAACAGGAAACACUUCAAAAUGGGGGCGGGCCGAACGUGCAGCCACCUGGAAACACUGAGGAAACUGCAACAAAGACGGACACUACAGCUAACUCCACCACAGACAACAGGAAGUGACAUCAUUGGUCUGAGGCACAGAGACUGAAAAACCAGCCGCCCAGAAAACAUCAGCCAGGCCUGGCUAGAAAAGUCAGUAAGCCCUCGGCUCAAAGCCUGAACCAGCCAACCAGUCAGCCCAGUAUGCUGACUAGCUAACCAAGCUAGCCAAUGCCAACGGCUAGCCAGUCAUGCUAGCUAUCUGCCCCGAACCUAGCUUGAAACAGUGCUAGUUAAAUACAUAAUGUAGCUCGAGAUCAACGCUAGGUGACCAUCCCAAACAGGCCAGCUAGCUAAGCCUACUAGUUAACUCAGUAAGUCUGAUGUCCGAGGAUCCGAGGACGCGUCCCUCAGCUGUGGGUCUAUGUUUGCACGUCAGACCCAGAAAACAUAUGUGAAGCACUCCUCUAGAGACACAUGUGCACAUGUAAGGUUCACUGUGACCUGUCAUUUACAAACUGCCCUUUUAGACUAACUAAUAUGUAAUGUUUGGUAGAUAAUUUGAUUUACUGUUUGGUUUGUCCUUGUGAAAAAAAAGAAAGAAAAUGUUCCUUUUUUUCUAAACUUGGUUGUUUAAGGUGAAGAAAAUUCUUACUUCUCUUUGAGCAUCUGUUUUAUUUGGGCAAACCAGUGUUUGUCUUCAUAGACAAAAGAGUCUUGACUGGUUGGAUUCUUCAGACUUCAGUAUGAACUUCAGCUUGUUGGACUUGGUCUGUGUAAAUUUUUGUCAUACUGUUUGUAUUUUGCAGCGAGUUUGGGUUCAAAGCACUUUCAGUUCAUCCACUUCAGGAAACUUCCAGCAUUUUAUUUAACUUUUUAAGAUAUCUGUCUGCAUGCCAAACUGCAGUUCUGCCUGUUUUCUACAUUUAUAGAAAGUGAUCUGGCCCCAGCCACGCUUUAAGUAUCGUAUAUUACUGUUGUGUUAGCCAAGUGUGUCCUACAGGGGCAGCAUUAAGACAAUCAUCAAAUUAAGAUAAAUUCAAUGAUAAGCUCUGAAUUUACUGUUUGAAACACAAACGAAAGUGACACCAGUUUUUUGUUUGGGUCGACAAACACCCCUGCACAUACAGACCGUGCAUAAGCUUGAUAUCCCUUUGUCACAUGUAUUUAUCUCCAGUAAUGACACUAAUUAGUCUGUUUACAAAAAGUGUCAGACACUAAUUUGGGGAUACUAAAAAUGUAACACUGCUACAAUACACUAUGAGUUGUCAAGAACGCAGUUUUAUUCCAAUAAUGCCAAAAGCUCCAUUAAUGUGUCAUUUAAAACUGUCAGAUUUUAAAUGUGACAGGCUAUUCUGCUGUUAGACACAGGCAUUACAUUCAUCACUAAGCUUCCUGUCUGAUCAUGCAUAAAUGUACUUUUAUAAUUAUUUAGUUUUACGCAUAAUAUAUUCUCAGUUUUCCUCUGUGAAAUGAGUUUAAAGCGGCAGCAGACCGCACAGAUGAUUUAUUUUCUCUUUUAAAUCCAUUCUGUGGUUUCUGUACAGUCGACUUAAAGUCUGCAACACAGACUGUUGGAGGCUAAGUGUUUGUUGGGAGUAUUUAUGCUGACUAGUAGUACUGUAGAUGUAAGAUCAGUUAAAGCCAAGCCGACUAUGGACGCCGUCAUUCAGAUGGUAAUGCUGAUGUCGGGAGGUCAACUCAGACAAUCGCUGCUGUCGGCUGAAAACCCUCCAGCUCUUAAUUUCAGUGUCUUCCAUCUUUCUUUUUUUUUCUAAACUUGAAAAUGAAAUUGGCCUUUUGUGCGCUGGGUGUGACCUCAUAGCUCAUACAUCUAUUCUAGCCAUUCACAAAACACGUGGGCAUCAUUGUGAAAUUAAGGGAGAUUGUCUGGGUUUGUUAAAAAACGUGACAUCCUGAAGAUGAGGGUUUCAACUGACAGCAACAUGAUGAUACAGCUGAUGAAGGUGAUUGAUUUACGCUGAAAUUAAAUGUUAUUUUAUCCUUUGUUUUAAACUAUUUAUUUGCUUUGCGGUUGCAGCAGAACGGCUUCCCUGUUCGAUAAAGUAAUUUUUUGUGAACAAAAAAAUAUAUAUUUUAGUUUUAAAUGAGAGUAAGAACACUCAUUCUGCAUUUGAAGGUGGAAAAAAAAAGCACAACAUUUAUUAAUUUCUGUUUUUCUUUUAUGAAUUUCUGUCUUUUGGUUUCAAUUUUCAGAGAGCAGGUAAAUAUAUACAAGCUGUUAAAAUCCAAUCACCUUUGUAAAAAGUGGCCUUCAGUCACUAAAGUAGUUUGAUGUGAUUUUUGUUUUCUUGUAAGUGCUCAUGGUGACAAUGCAAAGGUGACCAUUUUAGCCAACAUUGGUGAUUGGGUGAUGAUGGCUUAUUGUGCUGUGAGAUUUGCCAAAGUCUCUUAAAUGUUAACCUGUGGCUACAGAGUUGGAUUCUUGAGUUAAAUGUUAAAAACAAAAAAAAACAUCCACCAUAAAGCAGAAUUUGUUAUUUCUGGUAUAAGUUAAAUCAAUUUUCUGUGUACAUGAACACAGAGAAACUCUGAUUUUCAGCCACAUGAGGCUUGUUUCCCUCUAGUACGAACAGAUGUGAGCUGGAAAAUGUGCUCUCAUCCCUGUGAAACCCACUUAAGUCCUGCCACAGCGGGCUCAUUGAAAUGUCAAUAACAAAGGUGAAUUCUGUCUUAGAGGUGGACUUUGAACAUUUUCGUUUUGAUCUUUUACUGUCACCAGAUCCUUAAUCUCCUUAAAAUCCCCUUUAAUACACACAUUGUCCUGUUGGCUUGUAUGGUUAGUCUGUUCAUCUGUCUGUGAGUGUAUGUGUGUGUAUGAAUUCACACGGUGUGUCUGUGGGAUAUUUGAUCAGCGGUUCCCCAGAGAAAUUCUUCUCUCUCAUCAAUCAUGACGAUUAGGAGCUGUGUGCGUGUGUGAACAUCUGUCUUUUUUGUUUGUUUUUCAUUUUAUCCGUGUGUAUGUCAGAAUGCGUGGGUGCAUUGUUUGUACCGUAUUGUAUAUCUUGUUCUGCCAUGUUUGAACAAUAAACCAGGAUAUGAAAUUCAA